CCAUAUAGAAAAAGGAAACUAACUUGUAAUUUCAAUCCCAACAUAUAUGUGGAUAUAGUAGCAUAUAUACACCUCAUACCUACACUAGCAGCAAUUUCAUAUUCUUUUUAGCCUUACAUUUCACACACUCAAAACUAUAUUUCCUAGACAACUUUACUAGCAAAGUAGUAAAUUUAAAAGAGCACCAUAAUGAAUGAAAAAAACCAACAAACGACCGUCACUAGUAAAAUAGCCCGAACUAGUUAUGGUGCAUUUCGUGGGGCUACUACAAGUCAAAGACAUUUCCCAUAUGGGAAUUACGCAAAUACAGGGUUGCACUUGCAAAAUCCUGUAACAAGUUCAUUGAUAGCUGCAAAUGCUUCAACCGUAUUUGUUCAAGCUCCAUCAGAGAAAGGGUUGGCUGGAUUUGCUACCGAUUUUCUUAUGGGUGGAGUUUCAGCCGCUGUUUCCAAAACUGCAGCUGCUCCAAUUGAACGUGUAAAGCUGCUAAUCCAGAACCAAGAUGAAAUGAUCAAGAGGGGCCGUCUUUCUGAACCAUACAAGGGUAUUGGAGAAUGUUUCUCGAGAACGGUUAAGGAUGAAGGAGUUAUGUCCUUUUGGAGAGGAAAUGGGACUAAUGUCAUUCGUUAUUUCCCUACUCAGGCCUUUAACUUUGCAUUUAAAGACUACUUCAAGUCUUUGUUUAACUUUAAGAAAGACCAUGAUGGCUACUGGAAGUGGUUUGCUGGAAACCUUGCGUCUGGUGGUGCUGCUGGUGCGACCUCCCUACUUUUCACAUACUCUUUGGAUUAUGCUAGAACUCGUUUGACAAACGAUGCCAAGCUUACAAAGGGGGGAGGAGAGAGACAAUUUAAUGGCUUGAUCGAUGUAUACAAGAAGACUUUGGCAUCAGAUGGUAUUGCUGGGCUCUACCGUGGAUUCAACAUUUCAUGUGCUGGUAUCAUCGUGUACCGUGGUUUGUACUUUGGAAUGUAUGACUCUUUGAAGCCAAUUCUUCUCACUGGAUCACUGCAGGAUAAUUUUAUUGCUAGCUUUGGGCUUGGUUGGCUGAUUACAAACGGUGCUGGUCUUGCAUCAUACCCCAUUGACACCGUGCGUAGAAGAAUGAUGAUGACAUCUGGUGAAGCCGUCAAAUACAAAAACUCUUUAGACGCGUUCAGUCAAAUUAUAAAGAAUGAAGGUGUCAAAUCGUUGUUCAAGGGUGGAGGUGCAAAUAUACUGCGAGCUAUAGCCGGUGCUGGUGUUCUUGCUGGAUAUGACAAGCUUCAGAUAAUUGUUUUUGGAAAGAAGUAUGGUUCUGGUGGAGCUUAAUUGAUUUUAAGCUAUGAUUUUAGCUUAUAAGAUGGUGAUGAAAUCUUUUCGAACAGUUAAUAUUGAACUUUAUUAGGGGAUUUGACUGUCCCUAAAAUGUUUUUUAGUUAUUUUUUAAUCUUUGUAGAGGUUUGUAAAUCAUGGAAAUUCAUGUUAGUAUGCAUAUGUGAGAAUAUAUGUGUGUAGUAUGUGUUUUGAGAGAA